CUAGGGGUCACAGUGUGCUCUCGCGGGCACCGGCGGCCCCGCUGAUGUUUUUCUGUCCGGGACCGGGCGCAUGGCGAGGCCGUCGGGGCCGCUCCUCCUCCCCCGCCUCCUCCUCCUUCUCCUCCUCCAGUUCGCCGCCGCCGGGCGGCCCUGUGGCCCCUCCGGACUGUCACAGGACGUGGUGUUGGGCCGCCUGGGAGCCAACAUCACUUUGAUCUGCGGGGACGAGGUGCCCGCAAAUGUCACAGUGUGGUGGCAGGUGGAGGAGCAGGGAGCAGCAGUGCCGGGGGGCCGUGGACGGCGGCUAGCGGAGGGCAACGUGCUGCUCCUGCGGUGGCUGCGCUACGAGGACUCGGGGCGCUACAUCUGCUCUGUGGGGAACCGCCUGCUGCGCUCCCUGCAGCUGCUGGUAGAAGAGCCCCCCGAAACCCCUCGAGUGUCCUGCUACCGACGGAGCCAUGACAAGGAUGUCCUGUGCGAGUGGCCACAGCAGACGAAGCCAUCCCCGGGGACACGGGCAAUGCUCUGGGUGAAGCGUAGGUUCACGGCUGAGAACGCCACAGAGCAGCGGUGCCGCUACUUCUCCAAGGCACGGAAGUUUGUUUGCCGGGUGAAGGUGCCACCUGGCACCGAGGACACCAAACACCUUGUGGUGUCCACAUGUGUCAGCAACAGCGCCAGUGGCUUGGCCGGCGAAGACAAGAUCAUCACCCUCAGCGGUGUCCCAGUGAAGCCUGAUCCCCCCCUCAAUGUGACGGUGGAGGCGCUGGAGAAGGCGCCUCAGCGACUGCGGGUCAACUGGUCCUACCCCUUGUCCUGGGACCCCCGUUUCUACUGGCUCCGCUUCCAGGUCCGCUACCGCCCUGAGCCUGCCCCAGCCUUCAUGGAGGUGGAUCAGGUGAUGACAACGUGGCUGGACAUUCGUGAUGCGUGGCGGGGGACGAAGCACGUGGUGCAGGUGAGGGCGCAGGAUGAGUUUGGCCAUGGCGCAUGGAGCGAGUGGAGUCGGGAGGCUGUGGGCACCCCCUGGACAGACCCCAGGGACUUCACCUCUGAAAAGGGACCUUUCAGCUCACAGUUCCCCAUGGAAGAUGACAGCUAUGAGGUGACACUGCCCCCAGAGCUCUUCUGGGAGGACCGUGCUGAUGGUGCUGAUGGGUCUGUCAUGGAACCCAGUGCCCACCCUGUGGCAUCCCCCUAUGCCUUCCUGGUGGCUGGGGGGAGCCUGCUCCUGGGCAUUGCCCUCUUUGUUGGCAUCGUGGUGAGGUACAGGCAGAUGUGGUGGACAGGCAGGCAGCGGGGGACCAAGCCGGAGGGCGAGGGGCAGCAUAUGCUGGUCCCCCUGGGCCUCCCUAGUCCCCCAGUCAGUGACACCCCCCUGCUCUCAUGCCCCACCCCCAAGGCCCCUGGAAUGCUCCAUGUCACCCACUUGGACUAUUCCUCCUCAAGGCAGUAGCCAGGGGCUGAAUGUGCUGGCAGGUGCUUUGGGGGUCAGGUGGGGGUUGCUCGCCCCAGGAUUCCCAAGGCUGUGAUGUGGCUCUGGGAGCAGCUCCCCCCACUAUCCGGUGGCUCUGUGGCUGGGAGCAGCCUCUGAGGAGGGGAAUCAGUGCCACCCCUGUGGAGAAGCAGUUGGAGGGGAGCCCCAAACUGGGUCCUGGAGGGCACCUUCAGAGCCAUGGCUAAGCUGGGAUGGCCAGUGGUGGCAGCACUGGAAACACGGCUGUGCCGGAGCGUGGGAGCCGGCCCGGGGUCAGGUUUGAGGAUCCCAGGGGAAGGGCCUAGUCCCUGCAGUGCCACAGGGGGUCAGGGAGGGAGGGGGGGGCCUGGUUGGAUCAGCCUCAUACUUCUGCUCUGACCCCCCCGGGGCUCCUUUUUAAAGCAUAUGUUGGGGAAAUAAGACAAUGUGACUCCAAUAAAUGCUUUGGAUUUGUA